CAAGGCCAAGGGCAUGGUUGGUCUUCUACGAAGCUUACCUUCCACAUAGAGCAGCAGCAGCUGCUGCUUCUAGCUUUGUUUGGUCACUAAUGGCAACAUUGGCAUUGCAUGCAGCAGCUUCUAUGUUCUCAAUCUUUUCUUCUUCCAGGUUUCUUUCGUCCCCGAGACCUUCAGCGUUCAAUAAAUUUGAAAUUUCCCUUUCUGCUCCUGGCUUUUCUCCCAACUUCCACUCUUCCUCUCUUCCGCUUCUUUCGAAUGUUUCCACCAGAAAAUUCGGUUUCCAACUAUACUCUACGGUUCAGGAGGUCGCAGUAGAAGAAAAACCAGAGGAAACCCAAGACGAACACAGGAAAAAGCUCUUCGUUCUGAACCUGCCAUGGCGUUUCUCUGUUGCUGAUAUUAAGAACCUCUUUGGUGAAUGUGGGACUGUGAAUGAUGUCGAGGUUAUUAAGCAAAAGGAUGGGAGAAACAGAGGAUUUGCCUUUGUCACAAUGUCCUCCGGAGAAGAGGCUCGUGCUGUUGUGGACAAAUUCGAUUCAUAUGAGUUGUCGGGAAGAAUUAUCAGGGUGGAAUUUGCCAAGAGAUUGAACAAACCUUCUCGUCCUCGCCCUGAAGGUGCCCCUGUUGGAGAGACGCGCCAUAAAAUUUAUGUGUCCAAUCUUGCAUGGAAAGUGAGAUCCAGCCAUCUGAGAGAAUUCUUUUCUGCUGGUUUCACCCCAGUUUCAGCUAGGGUGGUCUUCGACAGCCCAUCAGGUAGAUCUGCUGGAUAUGGAUUUGUUUCUUUUGCGACAAGGGAGGAAGCAGAAUCUGCUAUUUCUUCUUUGGAUGGAAAGGAAUUAUUGGGGAGACCUCUCCGUUUGAAAUUUAGUCAAAAGAAUGUUGAUGAAUCUGGAAGGAAACAGGAAGAGGCAGAUGCUGCUGAAGAACAACCGGAAGAGUCAUAGAUGGAAAGACAUGGUCAUUAUCAUGUUGUUUGCGGGUUUUAACAGUAAGAGGGUGAAUGCAGCAGAGAAUUUUUUGUUUUUCUUACCUCAUCCAUGUAGAGUACUUAUUGGAGACAUUCUACAUGUCUGUACAUUUUCUCUGUUACUUUUUUGUCUUCAUUCUCUGCAUGUACUGUAGAUUAGAAAUUACCAUUUCUGAAAAAAUAUCUUUCAUACAAUUGUUACAUUUUAAGAGUACAUUCAAUUUCAUAAAGAUGAAUAUACUUGUCACUUUGUAUCAAA